AUGAAACUUUCGAAAAUCCAAUUAGAGGAAUUAUUACGCGAUUUAUUAAUCCAAUUACAGUACUCCAGAGGCGAAAAUAAAAACUUUUUUAAAGAAGGAGUUGACAUUGCAAGAAAAGAAAUUUUAAAAUUAGAAAAAUUAGAAAGAUUAGAAGCAUUAAUAAUAGAACCAACUACUUUGGUUAAUUUUUACAAUUUAGAAGAUUUUUCAAAUGAUGAUUUAGAAUCAGAAAAUGAAGAACAUCAAAUCAUUAUUGACAAUUUAGAAAACUAUGAAGAGGAACCAAUUUUAUCCACUCCUCCAUCUCAACAACAUACAACAACAACAACAGCAACAACAACUACAACUACCACUACCACUACAACCACUGCAACAACCCACCAACAAGAUAGCGAUGAUUCAUCUGAAGAUAAUGAUGAUUAUGAUUGGAUAUCCUAUCAAAUUCCAGUCUCACCACCAAUAUCACCAUCAGAAGCCCCAAUCUCCCCAUUAUCAACACCAAAGUCACCACAAAAAAGCCAAGACGAAGACUCAUCACAAGAAAAUUUAGAUACUAAUGACAACUAUGAAGAACAAAAUAAUGAAAUUCAUGAUGAGUAUAGACAAGUUAUAAAUAAUGAAGAACAAAAUAAUGAAAUUCAAGAAAAUAAUGAACAAUUUAUAAACAAUCAAGAACCAGAAAUCGUUCAAGACAACGAAAAUGAACAUCCAACACAUAACUUCCCAAUUGAAAAUGAAGAGCCAAUUCAUGUUUCACCACCAUAUCACUACCCUUAUGAAUUGGAAGAACCUAUUUAUUUAACACCUCCACAACAACAACAACAACACAAUCUUAUAAAUGAGUUUGAACAAGAAAUAGAGCAAGUAAAUCAAGAAGAACACCAUUUAGAUCAACAAGACGAACAACGAGAUGACUUCCCACCAACUCAAUCACCACCACAUCAAAAUGAAGAAUCACAAGAAUCAGAUUUCCCACCAACUCAAUCACCACCACAUGAAGAUGAAGAAUCACAACCUCCACAUACUACAGUUGUCCGUUUUAAUCUUGAUUUGAAUAUCUACUAUGAUCCAUCACCAAUACCAUCAACACCAUCACUUACUCCAACUCAAACAGAUGAAGAACAAUAA